CCCGCCUUGCAGCAUGGCGUUGGUGGUCUUGGAAUCGGACGUGGUUGAACAUUGUUGAAGCUCGGGGACAGAAGUGCCGCGGCCGACGGGCGGGAAAACAACGUGACAACGUCAUUUGCUUUCUCACCCCGUCACCAGUUUCUCCCUUUUAGCCUCAGCCUCGGCCUCUCUUCCUCAGCUUCUUGGUACCCAUUAUUCCCGACUUAUCCCUUGAUAUUUGCUUGUCUGGGGCUGCAUGCACCAUCUGCGCGCAAGUCGGUCGGGCUUCGUGGUCUUUUCCCACCUAUCCGGGAACCUACUCUUAGCUGAAUUUCGAUCUAUUCCUCACACACUCUCUCCCCUCUACAGCGCACCGAUCUCUAGCCCACCAUGCUGUCGCUCCUGUGGACGGUCUUCUUCAUUCAUGUCGCCAUUUACUUGGUGAAUACCAUUGGUGCUAGCACCAUUGAUAACUUGCUAUGGCUUCUCUACCUUAAGGUCCCGACACCCACGGCGAAGAAAGCCAGAGAACAAAACCGACUCAAGCGCGAGGCCGUCCAGCUGAAGCGGGACAUGAACAACACCAGCUCCCAGGAUGAGUUUGCGAAAUGGGCAAAACUUAGACGUCGACAUGAUAAGACCAUGGAGGAAUAUGAGGCGAUAAACAAGCAACUCGUUUCGCAGAAAACCUCCUUCGACUGGGCGGUCAAAAUCGCCCGUUGGCUCGGUACAUCAGGUCUCAAAUUCUUCCUGCAGUUCUGGUACUCGAAAACGCCCGUCUUCAUGCUGCCGGAGGGUUGGCUUCCAUACUACGUGGCGUGGGUUCUGUCGUUUCCCCGCGCACCGCUCGGGUCGGUGAGCAUCCAGAUUUGGAGUAACGUGUGUGCGACGGCGAUUACGACCAUGGCGGAGGUGAUUACGGCUGUGUUGCUGCAGAGAGGCGGAGUGGCGGGGCCUGUUCCUGCUCUGGAGGCUGCGAAGAAGGCGCAAUGAGUUAUGCAUGCAUGUCUAGUUACGUGGAGUUGGAUGUAAAACAAGAUACGAUGGCUUUUAUUUUUUUCCCUCGAAGGUUCAUGAUAGUAGAGGCUAUGUAAUGCAAUACGAAAAAAGUAUCCAUUAUGUUC